AUGGCUAACUGGGAAGUGAAGAAACGCCCGAGAGAAAUAGAUGACGUUUAUUUCUGUGACACCAUGAGGAGGGAGCUCCAGCUCCUCACGGAUGAAUACAAAAAGAAGACGCAAAGGAAGUUCUUUUUAAAGUGCAUCCUAAAGACAGAGCUCCUUGUUGUGACAAUUUUUCUUAUUCCUCUGUUGGCUUCCCCAAACAACGACAUAAUCAGUUCGCACUAUCUGACGGGACUAUUCGUACUCAUAUCGCUUCUGCUACUGUUUUUCGUCUUUCUCUAUUACGAGAUAGAGGAUGCCCAAACGAACGAAUUUUUGAGAAAAAUAAAUGAAGCUUCUAAGUUGUUGUCACCAAGGAACAUCUCCAAAAAAAAGAAGGAGGAAGAUUGUCAAUUUACUUAUUUGUCCAGCUCCCAUUUUAUUUUCAUCCGGAGGAACAGGAGAUGGGAGCUACUUCCUACGAACCUGCUAAUCAAGCAGGACAUCUUCCUCCUUCGUGCGGGGGACCUGAUCCCGUGCAGAUGCGUGGAGUACAACAUGAACGAAUGUGUGUACGGGCGGAGGUACGAAAAAUAUGAAGUGUUCAUGCCCAUGGACAAGGACCAAAUUAGUAUGAAUCUGCUGACGAGGCACGCGAAGGACGACAAGAGGGACUACCUACCCUCCUUCCACUUGUACUCCUUCGUGGCAGAAGAAAACGUGUCCAUAUGUACCAUCAGAAAGUACAUGGAGGAUUCUACCGACAAGAACAAAAUUUCAAAGCAUAAGGGUAACCUGAGAAAUGUCAUCCUGACGGAGAAGAUACACACGUUUUACCUGUACACCUGGGUGAUUCUCUUUUUCGUGUGUGCCAUGGCGGUGACGAUGUACUUAAACGAGAUGAAAAUCCAGGGGGAGGAUAUCCCCCACUUUAUCAUUAUGUACAUUGUCCUAUACAGCGUGCUGAUGUCCAUCACGAUGCUCCCAUUCUUCCACAGAAUCUUCUGUGAGCUGAUAUACGGAUACUGCUCCUCUCUGAACCUGAUUUAUGAAAAUUAUUUUAAGGACGAGAUGAAUUACGAUAGGAACUUCUCUUCCUCAUUCGACUUCUCCACAACUACUGAAGACACUUCCUAUGCAGACAAGGAGCGCUUCGGGUUGUUCUAUACACUGAAGAGCAUAUUUCUUCUUAUAAUUAAGGGCAUAAAAAUUGAUAAAUGUUACCUUAACAUACUGAGUGAUUGUUCUGUAUUGUGUUUUCUAGAUAGUAGCGGAAUCCUACUAGACAUAAAUCACAGCAUCAAGGAGAUCUGCCUCUAUAAUUCCAUGAACACUAAGAAGGAGAUCCCGUCAAGCUCGAGCAUGAUGAAGGGGGUACCAAGUCACCACAACUACAUUCUCACAGUUAUUGAUAUCCUCAUGGAUAACAAGAGCAUGUACGCUUACCAAAGAAUUAAAAAUCGAAAAAUCCUCCACUCUCUCUUCCUUCUGUCCUACUACACCCAAGUUCCUAAAUAUUUAAAACUUCUGGAUGAGUUCCAAAACAAUAUCCUGAAUUACAUGAACCACCUGGACUACAGCCACCUCUUCAUUUGCCUCUGCGACAUUGGCAACAUCUCAUACCCCUACAAUAAGUUUGUCUUCCACAAGCUCUUCCUAUGCGUAGAAAACAAAAGCAACUACGAGCUAUACAGGAAGAAGAGCUACGAACUGAAAAAGCAUCGGAAAAAGCCGGGGGAUGGUGGCGAUUUGCCAUACCACGUGCAGGAGCACGGCGAGAACGGGCAUGCUAUGGGGAUCAACAUUUACGAUUCUGUCACGUCGAGGGACAACUUUGUGUUUGCCUUUAUCCUGUACGAAAAGAAGAAAGACAAGUACCACCUCUUCCUGAAGGGACAACUAGACGCCUUGGUCAACAAGUGCAUGUUCUACUACGACGGGAAGACCAUCAUGAGAUUGAAGCGUAAAAAAAAGAAGGUUCUGCGCAUUCUUAACAUGCAAUGGAUUUCAUCAGGAAUCGAAAGCAUAUGUUUUGCAUACCGACCCCUGAGCACAGAAGAGAAAAACUACAUGAAGGAAAAUUUUCAAAAGAACAUAUACCUCCUUACAAUAGACAAGCGGAAAGUUUACCGCCUCAGGAAUUUAUACAAUGAGAAUCCCUUUCCUGUGAAGGGGAAUGAGAAGUUCCUGGCGCACCUGCUCUCGACGAGCAUCUUCAUCGGCAACUCCGCCGUGAAACUCAUGACGAAUAGUGAAAUCCAGAUGAGGAUUAACGACUUCCAAAAUGCAGGAAUACGCUUCGUGCAUUUCAGCAAAACGGACCAAGCAAACACGAGGAAUGUAUCCAACCUGUUAGGCAUGGAAACCAAUUGGAAUACGUCCAUCUCGUUGAGUCUGAAUGAUAAAUCCAGCUUCAAAAACAGGGACGGGAAAGUCGUCAUCCCGAGUGGCAUCAACAACAUCAAGACACACAUCCAGGAGGUAGAUGAUAUCCCGUUGCGAGUCUCAUCCUACUCCGGUUGCAACCAGUUCAACACAGCCGAGAUGAUAAAAAUACUGCUUGAUAACAACGAAAUAAUAACCUGCGUUGGAAACAGCCUUAACUGCUGCAACUUCGAAGUGUACAGUCUGUGUAAUUACUCCGUCUCCAUUCUGCUCCCGUACAAUAAUGCCUGUAAAGAUUGCCAGGGGAAAAGGGAGAGAAACACCCCAUUUGAUGAAUUAUCCACGAAGAAGAAUCCAAUCAUCUCCUACGCCUCCUUCGUGAAUACGUUACCGUGUAAUUUAAUAAUAGAGAAAAGUCGAUUAGGCCUCACAGAAAACAUAAUGGAGCUCGUGUACAAACUGCUGAAAAGUUCAAGGAUCCACAAGAAGAACGUCUCGUUGACGAUUUUCUUUUUUUACUUCUACUACUCUCAGUUGUCCUUCCUGUUGUUCAUCGUUUCGGUGUUCUUUUUGCCCCCCCUAAUUUCGGUUAUGGAUUACCUCCUCUUCACUCUGUUGAUCAUCCCUCUGCUCUCAAUCGCCCUCCUGGGGAACGACAACAACAGCACGAUAAUGAACGAGAUCCCCGACAAAGUCAUCACGCGGGAGUUCCUGCUGAAGAGGCUGAUCUUCUACCUCAUCAGGUGGAUCCCGUACAUGCUCUUCUGCAUCGUGUUGCCUGUCUACUAUGUACAGCUAAUUAACAAGGAGUUUGCAGGAAGGUACAUUUUGCAGUCCAGCCUGAGCCAAGACGGGUUGAAAUCAUUGCAGAAGAAUUUCUUGGCAGAUGUGGCACACCACUGCACGCAGAGUGCGCGCGUAGGUUCCCUCUACAAAUGUCAACUGCUCCUGUAUUCAUUUUCUGAUAAAGAAUUUAUGAAUCUCGGCCGAAACAUGACCGGCGUAAUGAUCAAGCAGACGCAAAUUUUUUUUUUUUUCGUUUUCUCCCUAUUCUUUUUUGUUUCUUCUCUGUCACACAGUGACAGGUACGAACCCCUGUACAAGCUCAGCUGCAUCCAUAACUCAAAAACAUAUUUCUCCUGUCUCUUCGUUUUCCUCAUUCUGAGUUUGCUUUACGUGGCCUUCCGCAUCUACACGCUUCCCUCCUACUACGUAAUUCAGUUUCCCGAUGCGACCCUCAGCGUACUUAUUGUUAUUUUCAGCCUCAUCAUAUUAGUGACAAACGAGGCUUUGAAAAGAGUAGAGGCAAGGAUCAAAACGAAUCGCCAAAAAUAUCUGAAGGUUUUGUUUGGGACGCGCCUGGGAAUGUGGAGUCCCAAGUAA